AACUAGUGACUUUAGACUUUAUUCUGCCAUACAGCCGGAUAUAGCGCUUUCCCGACACCGUAUUUCGAGCUCAUUUUUUUCGAGACAGACUGCCAGCCGCUUGAGUUUGGUAUCCUUAUAUCCGUGGUUUUUAUCUAUAUUUCUUGAUUAUUCCUAACCUGAACAUUCCUUAAUUUUAAAAAUUAAUAUCUCGGUUCACUAGACAGAGCAACGCUUUUCUUAGAUUUAUUCGUUCGUUUAAUUUCGAUUUUUAAGCCACUAGUCAUACGUUACGUGCCAACAUGGACAAUUUGGAAGUCAAGUUUGAACAGAGUCAUAGUUUGAACAGAGAGAUUCAACUUGAUAAAAUCCAUGAAGAGAAUCCGCGAGAUUCGCGAGAUGAAGUCACCUCGCAUGGUGAUGAAGAGCAGCGAGAGAAAUUGAUACGACUACCUCUGGGAAGAAUAAAAACCAUCAUCAAAAUGGAUCCUGAAGUUUGUUUAGUUAAUCAAGAGGCUACGUUUUUGGUGGCGAAGUCAGUGGAAUUUUUUAUUGAAUCUCUUGCAAAAGAAGCUUAUAAAUAUACUGCACAAGCAAAAAAAAAGACUGUUCAAAAACGUGAUGUAGAAAAUGCCAUUGAUAACGUGGAUGCACUUGUAUUUUUAGAAGGUAUGCUCGAUUAAUUGCAUAAUUAGUUAGCUGUUAUUAUAGAACUGAAAAAAAUUAAUAUUUUUUUAUUUUUUUUACAAUCGUAAGGUUACAAUAUUUGUGAUAUUUGCGAGCAUUAAAUACUGUUGCAAUGAUUUGUUAUAUUGUAUAUUUUUAAUAUCAUAUAAAUAAGAAUAUUUAAAUACGAUAAUUUAUCCAUGUAAUAACUAGGAAAAUGUUUGUGUCUCUUUCAUCUGCUACAAUAAUAAAAUUAGUUGUUCCUUACUGUA